AUGACAACAUAAUCUGGCCCGUUUUCCACUCCAGCUUUUAUAAUUAAGCUUUACGAUAUUUUAGAUGAAUAAGUGUAGUUUAACUAGAUUAUUAAAUGGAGCGAUGAUGGAGAAUAUUUUAUUGUAUUGUAACCAAAAUUGAUGGAGAACGAAAUCCUCUUGCAAUAUUUCAAACAUAAUCAUUAUCAAUCCUUUCUAAGGUAACUCAACAUGUAUGAAUUUAUCAAAGCCAGAAACUCAGAAAAUUAUGAGAUAUUUAGUCACCCUUUCUUCAAAAGAGGCAACAAGAAACAAUUGUCAUUGAUCAAACGCAAUCCCAUUAAAACCAAAUGCAAAGUCAAGAAAGAAUUGAAGUCAGCUAAUUAUUAUUUUUAAAACAAAGACAAACCAAAUUUGAAACACAAUUCCAAGAAAUAAUCUCAUAAAAUGAAUAAAUUAUGGAUCAACACAAACAAAUUUGGUAGGAAACUAGGCAAUUCUAAAAAAACACUUGAUGUUAAAAUCGAUAGAAUCAGUUAUUUGCUUAGCUUUAUAAUCCAAUAAUAAGGGAUCAAUAACCAGGACUCCAUCGAAAUGCUCAACUAGAUUUAGUGUAAGCAAAAGUAAGAUUAUUAACCAGUGGAAUCAUUAUCUCCCCUUUUAAAAAUGAUGUAGAAUCAAAUGACCUGGAACUUAAAAGUACCAACUCAGAUGGGUACUUUUAGUCCCUUGUAUAAUAAUGAUUAAGCUUAUUCACCUUUAGCCAUAAGAAGCCAAGAAAGUCUUGAUAGUUACUAAAGUUUAAGUCCCUUCUACUAACAAUUCAAAGAGUAGUGAUCAUAUAACAUAACUUUAU